GCCGGGUGGCCGCCCUUCCACCGGGAGCAGAGCCUGUGCUCUUCCGCUCCUCUCCGCCCACGAGGGCAUGCAGCUCCGGGCAAGUAAGGCCACAGCGAUUGCGGCUGUGGUGUCUGUAUCUGUCCGAGUGACGCGAGUCCGUUUCUGCGUUCACGCCUUCCUGGAAUCUCGUUGCUCCUCCUCCCCACCUGCCCUUGUCAUUUGGAAAUGAGAAGGGUGGGGGCGCAGACCGGUGGCCUGGAGCUGGGGCUCGCCAGCCUAUCUAGGCUGUUCGCUGAUUAGCUGCUGCCUUACGUUGCACCACUGUCUGAGCUUAUUAGACCUUGUGCAGUGUGUAGGGUGGUGUGGGUCUGCUAGAAAUAUUCUCGAAGUUCUCUUCUACCUCUGACGUCUCAUUUCAGGAACGUGGCAUCAUCAGGGGCAGUUACCUGCUUUUUAAAGGAGGUAACAGAUUGGGUAGACCCAUCAUUUGACGAUUUUUCAGAGAAUACAAGCAUCUCUGCUAUUACUGCCACAUCAUUAAGUGUGAAUAACUCAAGCUAUAGAAGAAAGAGUGUACCUUCCACAUUAGAAAGUAGCACAUUUCCAACCAGGAAAAGAGGAACACUGUCUUCCUCAGAACAGAUAUAUGCUCUAGAAAACUCAAAAAAAAAUCUGUCUGAAAAUGAACCAUGGGUGGAUAAAUACAAGCCAGAAACUCAGCAUGAACUUGCCGUGCACAAAAAGAAAAUUGAAGAAGUUGAAACAUGGUUAAAAGCUGAAGUCUUAGAGAGGCAAACAAAACAGGGUGGAUCUAUUUUAUUAAUAACAGGGCCUCCUGGGUGUGGAAAAACAACAACUAUAAAAAUACUAUCAAAGGAGCAUGGUAUUCAAGUACAAGAAUGGAUUAACCCGGUUUUACCACAGUUCCAGAAAGAUGAUUUCAAGGAGAUCAUGUUUAAUCAUGAAUCAAGCUUCCAUGUAUUUCCCUAUCAGUCUCAGAUGGCAGUUUUUAAAGAGUUUCUACUAAGAGCAACAAAAUAUAACAAACUACAAAUGGUUGGAGAUGAUCUGAGAACUGAUAAGAAGAUAAUUCUGGUUGAGGAUUUACCUAACCAGUUUUAUCGAGAUUCUCAUACUUUACAUGAAGUUCUAAGGACGUAUGUACAGAUUGGUCGAUGUCCUCUAAUAUUUAUAAUCUCUGACAGUCUCAGUGGAGAUAAUAAUCAAAGGUUACUGUUUCCCAAAGAAAUUCAAGAAGAGUGUGCUAUAUCAAACAUUAGUUUCAACCCUGUGGCACCAACGAUUAUGAUGAAAUUUCUUAAUCGAAUAGUGACAAUAGAAGCUAAUAAGAACGGGGGAAAUAUUACUGUCCCUGAUAAAACUUCUCUAGAGUUGCUCUGUCAAGGGUGUUCUGGUGAUAUCAGAAGUGCAAUAAAUAGCCUCCAGUUUUCGUCUUCAAAAGGAAGAAACAAUUUAUGCCCAAGGAAAAAAGGAAUGUCUUCAUUAAAAUCAGAUGCUGCGCUGUCAAAAUCAAGACGAAGAAAAAAAACUGAUAAGGUUUUUGAAAAUCAAGAGGUCCAAGCUAUCGGUGGAAAAGAUGUGUCUCUCUUUCUCUUCAGAGCUUUGGGGAAAAUACUAUAUUGCAAAAGAGCAUCUUCAACAGAAUUAGAAUCACCUCGAUUGCCCUCCCAUUUAUCAGAGCAUGAACGGGAUACAUUGCUUGUUCAUCCUGAGGAAGUAGUAGAAAUGUCACACAUGCCGGAAGAGUUAUUUAAUUUGUAUCUUCACCAAAACUACGUAGAUUUCUUCGCGGAAGUAGAUGAUCUUGUGAGAGCCAGUGAACUUCUGAGUUUUGCAGAUAUCAUCAGUGGUGACUGGAAUACACGCUCUUUACUCAGGGAAUAUAGUACAUCUAUAGCUACAAGAGGUGUGAUCCAUUCCAACAGAGCCCGAGGAUUUGCUCAUUGCCAAGGAGGAGGAUCAAGUUUUCGACCAUUGCACAAACCCCAGUGGAUUUUAAUAAAUAGAAAGUAUCGGGAAAAUUGCCUGGCAGCAAAAGCACUUUUUUCUGACUUCUGCUUACCAGCUUUAUGCCUCCAAACUCAGCUGUUGCCGUACCUUGCUUUGUUAACCAUUCCAAUGAGAAAUCAAGCUCAGAUUUCUUUUAUCCAAGAUAUUGGAAGGCUUCCUCUGAAGCGACACUUUGGAAGAUUAAAAAUGGAAGCCCUGACUGACAGGGAGCAUGGAACGAUGGACCCAAAAGGUGGAUAUGAAGCCCAGCUUAAUGGAGGACAGCCCACAGAGGAAGCUCUGGAUGAACCCACUCAAACCACAGAACCUGAAUCCUGGUCUCUUCCUUUGAGUCAGAAUAGUGGGAACGAACUGCCCGCCAGCCAGCCCCGGCCCUUUUCCACCCAGGAAGACCUGGAGGAAGAAGAGGUGGCAAUAGAAGACUAUGAGAGCGAUGGGACAUAGAAAGCAGCCCACCAGUCACAUUGCUGCUUGAGAGAUUCACACUGGCUUUAUUUGGUGGCACUUGAAUAGAGAUAAUAAUACAUUUUUCAAGUGAAUUACAGCUUAAGUCUUCACUGUUGUAUUUCAGCACAAGAAACUGACUCUUGAAGUAUGUAGAAGACUGAGCCUUCAAAUAGUAUCUUCGUUUUUUUCUCUAGUAUUUAUUUAAUCUUGUGAGUGCUGUUAGGAGAGGUCAGUGUAUGUGAAGUGUGUUCGAACAUUAUGCCAAAUAUCACAAAAUGUGAAGGAAUAAUUCAGAAUACAAAAAGUUUAUAGGAUUGUAAAUAUGAAUUUUAAAAGUUUAUGCAAUUACGAGUGUAAAUAAACUUUGUGCCUUAAUACACAUACAGUCUCUAGCUUCUCGGAUGCCUUUUAGUAUGUUGUACAGUGGAAUAUUCUAGAUACUUUUUGGAAAGUAUUACAUAAUUUAUAUGAAAAUUAAAAUGUUGACUUUC